CGCCGCUGGUCGCCAGGGUCGAUGAACGUUGUGGUUGCUGUGCUGAGCUUCGCGCCAAUGAUGACUGCCAAUUGAUGACUAAGUGCCAGAUGUUGCUCUCCAUCUGUUCUUUGUAAUUGCGUGGCAAAGCCAUCGUGCACGAUGUCGAACCUUGCCGCCAGAUUCUGACCAUUCUACCAGCAUUGUCCAUAUCAGAUACACGCUCCGGCAAUCUCCCUCACCUCACCGAAUUCGCCCGCCAGUGGACACGCUGUUGCCGUUUCCGUCUACUUGCCUGAUCGAGUUGCAUGCACCUGGUCGCAUUUUCGGAAAGGUACAGCUCCCUUGCCGGACGCGUGGAGCGGCGGGCGGGGUAAGGAGUUUUCUCGCUCGGGGGCUCUGUCAACAUCGACGGCUAAGCUCUAUCCGUCCGUAGUCGAGAGGCUGAAUGAAUCUGGUCACGUUUUUGAACCCAUGUUCAGAAACGCAUUGACAAAGGAAAAAGGGCGCCAAAAACAGGCAAGACAAAAAACAAAGGAAGAAAAAGAUAAUACCUUUCUCGGCCUUUUGGCUAAGAUCAAGUGCAAUGUAUCUGCUGCUCUGAUCAGUUAAACGGGCGUAGGAGCAGGAGUAGUAGUAGUGGGGGCAGGGGGAGGGGGAGGGGGGGGGGGUUGUUGUUGUGUGCUUAGAAGAGGUAAUCAGAGAGGUGCACGGUUUGUGUUUGAGCGGUGAUCAUCUCGCGGACAAAAUGGUGACUUGCGGCGGGAUGGUGUUCAUGUCCACGUCAGCUGGGUGGACGAUGUCGGGACUGCUGAGUCGGCGGGAUGUUCAAGGUGGGGUGAUGAGGUCGGGACAGAUGAGGGCAAAAUGCCACGUGGCACCGAUCGGGCGGAUGAGAGCAGAAGAAGCUCGUCCUCUGUCGUGUUAUGCCUCUGUAAUAGGGAGGAGUGGGAGAUGGACGGGGGAGGAGUCGGCGCAAGCGCGUGGGUAUGGAGUGAGUGGGGGGUGCUGUGACGGUCAGACGAGGAGGAGGAGGGGGAGGGGGAGGAGGAGGAGGAGGAGGAACGAAGGGAGUGUAUGUGGUCGCCGACGACCGGUUGUGCCGUCGGCUUGCGCACGGCCAUCUCCAUCGUCCUCCUCUUCAUCGACGAGCUUUGACUAUGACCAGCAGAAUCGAGAGAAGCCCAACGAUCUGCCACGUGGCAACACAGGAAACAGUAUCAAUGGUUUGCCCAACUCAGCAGCAGCAGAGGACUUCUCGCCCACUUCCAUCAAUCAACCUCCUCCUGCUCCUUCUCCUCCUCCUCCUCCUACUUCUCCUUCUCCUUCUUCUUCUUCUUAUGCUGCCGGCCAGAUCCUUCCCAGUCGUCUCGCGUCCUUGGGCAAUCCCAAGGUUUUCAGUCUCGCCUCUGCCUUGGCUUGCGGCCUAGCUGUCCUAACCUCUGUGGAGAUAGGGUCGUACAUCCUCAAGAGAGUGGAGACCAUCCCCCUGCUCGCCGGUGCAGAAACCUUGGUCGGAUUCGCUGUAUCUGUGCGAUUUGCCAUGCAGUAUCUUGUUGGCGGCGCAGGGCGUGCCCGUCUCGAGUCCCUCUUCGAGGGGGUGUUGGAUAAGAUACUGGGAAGCAGGCUUCUAGACAGUGUGUCGGGUCAGGGGGGCCCCAGCAUGCUCGAGGUGCAACUGAGGUCGGUGGUCGAUCGUCAUCUCCCUUCUCUCACCGGACCCUUGGACGGAGAAAAGGGACCGCAAGAAAAGGCGGCCGGGUCUCGUAUCUAUAACUACAACUAUAAUAACUAUACUAAGAAUAGUAAUAGUAAUAGCAACAGCACGUCUUUUGCAGCCGGCGGGAAAUCUUCGUCAGUGGAUAAGGUUGCUGCUGCUGGUGCUGCUCCCGCCGCGCCGCCGGGUGGCGGUGUGCCAGGAGGACUCGACAGCGGGACCAAGCAGAUGUUGAUUGCGUCGCUACUGAACUUCAUCAGCGAGAGAGAGAUGAAGUCCCGACGAAUCAAUGCUGUAUUGAGGGAAGACCUAGAAGCUCUGCAGAAGGAGAGAGAGCAGCUGAAGUGGAAGAUGCAGAAGCUGGAGGCUCUGGUCCAUACCAGGCGGGGAUUGACGGAGCGUGUGGAGGAGUUAGAACGCAAAGAAGCAGGGGCUAUGGCGGCCUUGGAUACGGCGAGAAAGCAGCAGCUUCAACAGAUAACAGGGAGGGAGGAGGCUCUUCGGCAGCAACAGGAGCAGGCGACGGAGGAGCUGAAGGAGGCGAAGGAGAGGGCGGUUGCUCUCGAGGAGAAGGCGGCCAUGGCGAUCGCCGAGCUGCAGGAUGCAAAGCAGAGACACGAAGAAGAGAUGCUGUCGAAGGAGAGAGAGCUGGAGCGGCAGAAGGAACUAGUAUCCCGGGAGUUGCAGUCGACCACGAGCAAGGUUGAGAGGUUAGAGAUGAAUCUAGCCGAGAUGGCGGCGAAGGGGAGGGCGCUUCAGGCGGAGAAGGAAGCUUCGUCCAUCGAGCUGCGAUCUGCGAGACACAGGGCUUCGGAGCUGGAAGAGCGUGCGGAGGACUUGGCCGCUAGAGAGAAAGCUCUCAGGGAUCAGAUCGAAGUCGCCUCCGGGCAGUUGCAAUCUGCCUUGCAAAGGCUUGCACAGUCGGAGGAGGAACAGCAGAAUGCUGCGUCAGCGCACGAGCAGGAGCUCGCAGCCAGGGAGGAGGAGGUCGCCCAUCUCCGUUCUCGGAUGGCUGUGGAGCUCGGGGAGCUUAAGAAGAAGCUGAACGCUCAGGAAGAGGAAAGGGAGCAGUUGCAGUCUGCGUUGCAGAGGCUUCCACAGUCGGAGGAGGAGCAGCAAAAUGCUGCGUCAGCACGUGAGCAGGAGCUCGCAGCGAGGGAGGAGGAGAUCUCCCAACUCCGUUGUCAGAUGGCUGUGGAGCUCGAGGAGCUUACGAAGAAGCUGAAGGCGCAGGAAGGAGAAAGGGAGGAGGUGGUCGCCGCAUUGGAGAAGAUGAGACAGACCCACGCGCUCCAGAUGAAGGAGAAGGAGGCCGAGGUUGAAUUGGAACAGGAAAGGAUGCGAGCGCAGCUUCGAGAUGCAGAGGAGCGCGUGACUGCGCUCGAGAAGUCGGAGGCGGAAGCAGUUGCUGCCUUGGACAACGCGCGGUUGGAACACGCCGAAGCCAUAGCUGCGCUGAACGAGCGAUUCAAGCAGAAGAUGGAUGAGAUGGCUCAGCAACGGCUUGACGCGCUGGACACCAUGUCCGUGUUGGAGAAGGAGAAGGAGGAGGCGGAGAUGGCUUUGCAGAGAGCCAAGCAGGAUGCUGACGUGGCAUUGCAAAGAGCCAGGCUGGAUGGUGAUGUGGCAUUGCAAGCGGAAAAGCAGCGCCGACAGCAACAGAUGGAAGCGAGAGAGCUGCAGCUUGCCCAAGAAAGAGAGGCGGUAUUGGGAGAGCUGAGAGCAAGUCAAGAAAGGGUCGUUGUUUUGGGGGAGGCCGCUGCAGAAGCCACGUCGGCGCUGGAGGCUGCUCGCAGACGACAUUUUGAAGAAAUUGAGGAGAAGCGAUCCCUCCUCGAGCAGGCCAAGGAAGAUGCGCAGAAGGCGUUGCAAAAGGCGAAGGAGGACGUCGAGGCCGCAUUGCAGGAGGCGAAGCAGGUCUACGAGCAAAAUUUGGCAGGAAGGGAGGUCCAGCUUGCUCGCGAAAGAGAUGCAGCCCUCGAUGAGCUCAAGGCCAGUCAACAACAAACGAUCGCGGGUUUGGAAAGAGCGGUGGAAGAUGCUGCGGCUGCGCUAGAGGCUGCACAAAGGCGCCACGUGGAGGAAAUGGACGCCAAGCAGUUCCUGCUGGAGAAGGCCGAAGAUGAUGCCUGCGUGGCAUUGCAACAGGCGAAGGAGGAUGCCGACGUGGCUCUGCUUGAAGCGAAGGAGCGUCAUGAGCAGCAGCUGGCCGACAGGGAACUUGAGCUCCGCCAGGAAAGACAGGUGCUGCUGAGUGAGCUGCAGGCGGCGCAGGAUAGGGUGACCGUUUUGGAAAACCUGGUCGGAGAUGUCACAUCAGCGCUCGAGAGCGUGCAGAAACGCCACGCGGAGGAAAUGCAGAAGUUGGCGACGGAACUGGAGGAGAGGGAGAGAGAGAUUCCCCCCUUGAAGCAGGAAAGAGAGGCGUUGCUGAGUGAGCUGCAGGCGGCACAGGAGAGGGUGACCGUUUUGGAUAGCCUGGCCGGAGAUGCCACGUCGGCGCUCGAGAGUGCACGGAAACGCCACGUGGAGGAAAUGCAGAAGUUGGCCAUGCAACUGGAGGAGAAGGAGAGAGAGAUUCCCCCCUUGAAACAGGAAAGGGAGGUGUUGUUGAGCGAGUUGACAGCGGGGCGAGAAAGGGUUGCCCUUCUGGAAGGAGCAGCAGCAGAUGCCAGGUCAGCACUGGAGUCAGCACAGAAGCACCAUGUCGAGGAAAUGCGGCAGUUGGCAAUGGAAAUGGAGGAGAAGGAGGAGAGAGAGAUUACUUCCUUGAAGGGGGAAGUUCUCACCUUGCAGCAGGAAAGGGACUCAGUUUCCAGUGAUCUGAAGGCGUCGCAGGAAACGGUUGGGAUCUUAGAAAGAGCGGUGGAAGAUGCGACGGCAGCUCUCGAGGCCGCUCAGAAGCGACAUCGGCAGAGUAUUGAGGAGAAGGAAAAGGAGAUAGAGGCACUGAAGGAGCAAGCACUUGUGGAGCUGGAUGCGACGAUGGAAAGGAUGGAAGAAUCGCUGGACAUCCUUCGUUCAGAAAGACGGUAUUUUGCUGACCAAGCUACUGCAUUGGAAUCGCGAAUCGAGAAGUUGCUUGAAGAAAGAGAGGAGAGAGAGGCCAGGAUUGCGCAGCUGGAGGCAGCACUUUCCUCAAAGGAGGACGAAUCAGACAAGGAAGUGAUUGCUGAGCUGUCUGCCAAGUGGAAGGCUGCUGAGGAGCGCGCUCUUGCAGCCGAGGCCAAGCUGUCUGGGGGAAGAAAAGAUAACCCUUCUGCAGUUGAAAUGAGUGUAGAAGCUGGCAAGACAUCAGCGAGAAAGGGAAUGGCGAAAAGUGCUGCGGCUGACAUGGCUCCUGAGAAACUCGAAGAGAUAAAAGCUUUUGCGCGGGAGGUGCGGAGGGAGUACCUGGACCUCUCUGCGACUGCGAGGGAACAGAAGGCGGCCAUCGACGGGUUUGCGAAAGUCCUCGAGGAGCGUGGCGCAGACUUCAAGUGGGCGCGCAGCUAUAUCGUCCAGAUGCUCGCCUACACUCGGAGGACGAAGAAGGACUGAAGAAAGCCAAAAAAAAGGACUCAAGAGAGCGAAAAACGAUUGAAGAGAAAGAAGGGCAAGCGUCCAGCGAGAAUCCUAGGAGAACAACAACAUGGAGGAGAAUUGAGGAGAGGAAGCGAACAGCAGGCAUCCAUUUAUCCAUUUGCCUUCUGUUCCUAAGGGGCGUGGUGCGGAGGGUGUGCAGACACAUAUAUGUUUAUGACGAUAUAGACGUAUAUAUAUAUAUAUGUUUGUGACGAUAUAUAUGUAUAUAUUUACAUCUAUAUACAGCUGACUGAAAUCACACUCCUUGGGGAGACGACGUCGCUGUAGGUUUUUGGAUUGUUGUGCUUACAUCAUUGUUAUUGCGAGUUUGAACUCAGACAGCCUCAGGUUUAUUUUUCUGCGGCGAUUGCGUAGGUUAGGUUGGUUAGGGUUUAGGGUUUGAUCUGUCAGGUUGGGUUUGACUGGUGAAAGUGGUUGAGGUAGGCUUUUUUUUCUGCAUUCUGAAAGAAGAUCCAUCGUAGAAUCCUGUUGACUAUGUGUGGAUCUUCUUUCAGAUUGCAUCCAAGUGCGUCUAGCAGGAACAGAUCCUAGGUUCUACGUGGGUCCGCAUUGGAACAGAUCCUUCCGAGUGGGUCCGCUGGAACAGAUUCUAGGUCCCGAAGUGGAGCUUCUUUUGAGGUAGUAAUGACGGUCACGCUGGAUGGCAUCGAAUCAUGGUCUGCAUUCAUUCGAAGUGGGUUGGGUUGCAACAGAUCGGGACAGAUCGGUCUGGUUUACAUCAGAUCCCUGUGAAUAGAGCCUGCAGGAUUCUAGCUUUGGAUCGGUCUGGUUUACAUCAGAUUGGUCUGGUUUACAUCAGAUCGGUCUGGGCAUGUUUGCGUUAAACAUCAGUCUGCACAUGGUGUCCCAGCCUUGUUGAGAAGGAAAAUCAUCGUCUACAAAAAUUGCGGAGGCUUGGCCUACCGAACCACAAUGACUGGCAGCACCAGCCAGAAAAGAAGAAAAGUGUGCCGCUGGUGUUUGGGAAAAGCUUGGCGCGCAGUAAGGCGCCUGCAGGCCCGGGUGUUCUGGCCGUUUAAGGCGCCUGCAGGCUCUGUGCUGGGUGUGGUCAGGAUGGUCCACAGCAUUUCCGUAAGGGCCGGAUCAGGUUCAAUUCUGGUCCUCAGACGUUGGGAUGGAUUCGAAGCCUGGUUUACAAAAGCCUCGGUGGGGUUGGGUAGACCGGGAACACUGGGAAGGGUGUGGCACAAGGAACCUCGAUGAUGUAGGGUUUCCUUUAUCACUGCAUGGGCCUUCUUUCCAGAUGAACAUUUGGCCAGAAGUUGGGGUAGGGGUCUGGAUAGACGAGUAUGCCUCGUCGCAACUUUCUUCAUUUUUCGGCUGCGAACUGCUGGAGGAUGCAUGUCAAACCACCAUUCAUGUAAAUUUUGAGUGUUUUUAAAAGUAAAAACCAAUAACCCGG